AUGAAGUUCUCCAGCAUCGUCUUCCUUCCCCUUCUAGCGGGCGCCGUUUCGGCUGCCGCCAUCCCAGCUCCUGCUGUCCUUGCUGAGGUUGCCAUCCGCGAGGCCAGUCCUCCCCACAAGACUGCGACAUUCAAGGAGCGUGAGGCCAGUCCUCCUCACAAGACCGCACCUUUUAAAGAGCGCGAAGCAAGCCCACCCCACAAGACGGCGCCAUUCAAGCGUAGCCCUCCACACAAGACUGCCCCGUUCAAGAGGGACGCCGUGGAAGCUCCUUGGAAGCGUAGCCCACCACAUAAGACUGCUCCUUUCAAAGAGCGUGAGGCCAGCCCUCCUCACAAGACCGCACCCUUCAAGCGGGAGGCAAGCCCACCUCACAAGACUGCUCCUUUCAAGAGGGAUCCCAGCCCUCCCCAUAAGACGGCGCCAUUCAAGGAGCGUGAAGCAAGCCCACCUCACAAGACUGCGCCAUUCAAGCGUGAAGCCAGUCCUCCUCAUAAGACCGCUCCUUUCAAGCGUGAGGACUAG